UGUGUGUGUGUGUGUGUGUGUGUGUGUGUGUGUGUGUGCGAGAGAGAGUGAAGGGAGUGGCAGACGCCGACAAAUCUCAUGCCGGGAAAUCUACCGAUCCAUCCUUGCACAGAACAUCUGAAGUUAGUCGGCGCCGACAUCUUUAUAUUUGAUUUUGGACUUUAUAAGUCCCACAGGUAGAAUGGAGACUGAUAUUCGCCAUCCUCGCAUUUAGUGCCUCGACAAAAACCUUCAACAGUUUCUCCAGUGGACAUAAUGAACGUGCUGAAGUCCAGUGGCUUGAAGAUCCCUGGCAGGGGUCCCAAACACUCCAGUCCAGUGGGACGAACAACUGCCGGCCCGUCGACCAGUCCUGCAGCUCAAAAAGAUAGUUGCCUCUACAAGCCAACCCCUCCCACCCCCAGCAGCAAUGCCUCAGACAAGUCCAGCUCCAAAGCCUCUGAGGUGGGUGAUGAGGUGGCUGGAGAUUUUGUGGUGGGUGAACGUGUCUGGGUGAAUGGAGUGAAGCCAGGAGUCAUUGCCUAUCUUGGAGAGACCCAGUUUUCCCCUGGACAGUGGGCAGGAGUGGUACUUAAUGACCUGGUUGGGAAGAAUGAUGGCUCAGUCAACGGGGUGCGUUACUUCGAGUGUCAGCCUUUGCAAGGCAUCUUUACCAGGCCCUCCAAACUAACGCGACAGCACAUUGGAGACGGCAUCGACGAGUUGCAGCAGAACGCGCAGCUGCAGGGGGGUGUAGGCGCAGCCGGCCAGCGCGUGGUCAUGCCGCUCAGAGAAGGGAUGCUCAACAUCUCAGUAAAGACCGGCAAUGAAUCUGGAUCCAACAUGUCUGACAGUGGGUCAGUAAAGAAAGGGGGAGAGAAGGACCUGAAGGUUGGAGACCGAGUGCUGGUUGGCGGCACUAAAACCGGAGUAGUGCGUUAUGUGGGUGAGACUGACUUUGCUAAGGGCGAGUGGUGUGGGGUGGAGCUGGACGAACCGUUAGGGAAAAAUGAUGGAGCUGUUGCUGGAACCAGAUAUUUCCAGUGUCCGCCCAAGUUUGGCCUUUUUGCUCCUAUCCACAAAGUGAUACGCAUUGGCUUCCCGUCCACCAGUCCAGCUAAAGCUAAGAAGAGCAAGCGUAUGGCAAUGGGCGUGUCGUCUCUGGCUCACAGUCCUUCCAGCUCCUCCAUCAGCUCCGUCAGCUCUGUGGCCUCAAGUGUCGGGGGCAGACCCAGCCGCACAGGCCUGUUAACAGAGACGUCUUCGAGGUACGCACGGAAGAUCUCGGGGACCACAGCGCUGCAGGAGGCCCUGAAGGAGAAACAGCAGCACAUAGAGCAGCUUCUGGCUGAGAGAGACCUGGAGCGGGCCGAGGUGGCCAAGGCAACCAGCCACAUCUGUGAAGUGGAAAAAGAGCUGGCAGCACUGAAGGCCCGACAUCUGCAGUAUGCAACAGAGUCAGAGAGCAACCUACAACAAGUUCGAGCCCUGCUAGCAAGCACUCAGAAGGACAAAACGGAACUGGCCAAUCAACUUGAAGAAGAAAGAAGGAAGGUGGAGGAUCUUCAGUUCAGAGUUGAGGAAGAGUGCAUUACCAAAGGAGACCUGGAGACUCAGACCAAACUGGAGCAUGCCCGUAUUCGGCAGCUCGAGCAGUGUCUGCAUUUGGAAAAGUCCAAAGCAGAAUGGCUUCAGAAAGAGUUAGAGGAGAAGAUGCAAACUACAGUUGAAGAGAAGAGCCGGGUUGUGCAGCUGGAAGAGGAGCUGGCCAUGCAAAAAGCUGAGGUCGAGGAGCUCCAGGCUCGGCUGCGGAGAGGCUCCUCCGGCCCUGGGAAAGAUGCUGGCGACACUGGGCCAGGCUUAAGGUCUGAGACUCUGGUAUUGCGGGAACAGCUUAUCUCCGCAGGCCGCGAACACCGUGAAGAGAGCAGUCAGCUGCGCGAGAGGUACGAGGCAUCCCUGAGCACCAGCCAGAAAGAAGUUGAACUUCUUAAAGGCACCUCAGAACGUCAAGGCCAGGAGAUCUCCGACCUGAAGCAAAGACUUCAGCAGGCCACAUGUGAAAAUAUGGAGAUGAUGGACAGCUGGAAAGUCAAGCUUGACACCUUGGUUGGAGACCAUCAUCGUGCCCUAGAGGAGCUAAAAUCCUCGUUAAUGGGAGAUCGUGGAUCAGCUGAAAGCAGUGGAGGAGAAGGUGAAGGAACCACAGCUGAGAUGAAAGUAGCUCUGGAGAGCUUAAAGAUGGAGCAGCAACUGGAGUUGGAGAACCUGAAGGCCAAACAUGAGAUUGAAGCUGCAGUGAUGGCCAAAGAGCGUGAAGAUCUACGUGCCCGACUUCAGGACCUCCGAGACCAGCUAGAGGAGAGUGAGGAGAACUGGAAGAUACAGGUGGAAAUCAAGAGCAACCAGCAUAGUCUGGAGCUUAAAGAUGUCUUGGAGAAGCUCCAGAAGGCUGAGUUGAGGAUCAGUGAGAUGGGUAAGUCACAUGAGGAGCAUGAAAGGGCCAAACAAGUUCUGAAAGAGCAGCUGGAGCUGGCUGAGAAGAAAAUGGUGGACUAUGCGGCCCUACAGAAGGCUGAAGCUCAGAGUAGGGCCGAGAUCCUUUCUCUUCAGGAGAAGCUGAGGGUCAGUGAGAACCGACUACAAGCUGUGAAUGUGGAUCACACCACUAAGGAUGUCAAUAUGAUAGAAAAAAACGACAGCUCUGAAGAGAAGAUUAAAUUAAAACAUAAUAUGGAAGAAACGUUGGAGAAACUCACAAAACGGGAAAAAGAAGUAUCCACUCUAACAACACAAGUAGAUGCUCUAAAAACCCAAAUGACUGCCUUGGAAGAAAAGGUUCAUUUGGGUGAGAAGAAGGCAGAUGGACUCUUUCGGGAGAAGAUGUGUUUGGAGGCGGAGCUAGAGUCAAUGACCAAAAAAUCUCAUGAUGCAUCAGGCCAGCUGGUGAUUAUUAGCCAGGAGCUGCUGAAGAAAGAAAGGAGCCUGAAUGAACUGCGGGUGUUGAUGCUAGAAUCUCCUCGUCACUCUCCUGGAAUGGAUCGUGAUAUGAGUCGUGAAGUCCACAGAGCCGAGUGGAGAGUGAAGGAACAGAAACUACAGGAUGACAUCAAAACCCUGCGGGAAAAACUAUUGCUGCUGGGUCAGGAGAGGUCGUCCCCUGACCACCGCCGGUACUCAAUGAUGGACCCGUCUGCUUCAGACACUGAGGUGGGCUGUCUUCGUCAACGGCUGCUAAACACAGAAGAGGCUCUGAGGAACGCUCUAGAACACAACCAACACGUGGACCAGCUAGUGCAGGCUAUGUGUACUCGCCCGGACAAGAGCCAGGCACAUGUUAGCGCAAAUUCUGCAAAUGGAAUCCAUCAAGAAGACGCUUCCUUAACACUGGAGGGAGAACACUGAUGAGGGCUAAAGCAAUUCUCAGAUGUUUUAAGGAAGAAUGGAGGUGUAUUGCUAAAGAAGAAGAAGCCAGUUUGAUGCCUAGACCUUUGGACUAAUGCUUCUCUGGACAUCUUAUUUUCAGUUUACAGUUAACAACAAAACAAUGACUUCAUAGAUGAACAAACAGAAACCACUUAUUAAAAAAUAUCUAAAACGAUCUGAGAUGCUAAAAAAGUGUUUUUUAAGGUCAUUGUACAAUUUCUGACAACUGACACCGACCCUGUAGACUACCUCUGAGAUGGACAUUGAUAUCUGACUUUCAAAAUGGGUGAGCAAUGAUCAGGAUGCUUGAAUCCUCGGAAAAACAAUUCUCCAAGUUUGCUGUUGCAGUUUAGAAAAUUAUUUUGGCCUCAAUUUUUACCUGAUUAAUUUAUUUGCCAUUUACCUUCUUUUAGAUUAAAUAAUCAAAGAGAGAGACUGGCCAACUCCCUGCUUAGUGUUUAAAGGAAUCAGGCUCGCCACUCUUCCUAGAUACUGUAGGAAACAAGUAAAUCAAAAAUGCAGGCUCUCAUACUGGAAUCCAUAUCUGCUCAUUUUUGUGUUUCCAUUGAGAUAUGAAUUUUAAAGUAUGAAUUAUACAGUAUUCAGCCACCAUGUUAAACCAAAUUAGCAAGUUAAGGUGCACCAUAAAGUUACAAGAGCCAGUCUUGCAGUUUUAAGUAAACAUUAGUGCUUACCAUUGUUUUAUUAUGCAAUAUUAGUAGACAAGUACCAACUCUCAAUAUGUAGUUAAAUUCAAUUCAACAAUGAGCUAACCACUUUCACUUGUUGUUUUUAAAACUGAUGCAGUGUAAACCCCUGUGCUGAAUCAUUUCAUUGAUCUGUUAUGUUUUAUUUCAGGUGUUGGCAAAUUAGGGUUGCAGUGUUUUUUUGUUUAUUUACACUAAAGGGAGGGACUACAUGCAUAAGUGAGGAUUUUGGUUGAAUUUAAUUGAUGUUCUGUGGUUUUCAUCUUUCAAUAAGGAUUUUCUUGAAGUGACAUUUUGUUCAGCAAAUGUAAUAUGUUCCAUUAUAGGUACAGACUCCUAAUAUAUUGCUUCUUAAAUAUAUUGCUUUCGAAGUUUUAAACAGGAUUAAACUAUAUUUGGAUAAAAGGAAAGGACACGUUUUAGCCUAUACACUUGUAGUACCUUCCCUCACAAGAACAAAUAUUUGAUUCUGUGAAGCAUCCAUUGAGUAGGUGCUACUCUAAGAUCAGAUUGCCCUUUGUCCAUACUGAUUUUUAUAAUUAUGAACUACAGAUCAGAUCCAAUGUUAAAACAAUACAAAAACAACCACAGGUGGAACUGCUAUCCCAUAAAUCAAGAUAUUCACAGUGGUAAUCAAGAUAUUCACAGUGGUAAUCUAGAAGCUAUUCUCUCCAUUAAAAAUCGGAAAAUCUUUUUUGGUCUUAAAGAAACUUUAUACUCAUGUGAUUGUCAUUCCAAGCGAAAAAGAAAUAAAUUAGUAAAAAUGAUUUGUAAUCCAAAAAAAGAGGGAAAAUGAUAGGGCUGGCCCCAAGUUUUGCAUUUGAAUUUGCUUCAAAUUGCUGUUGGAUUCAAAGAUGCCUUUUAUCUGUUGGAAAACAGUUCAUUAUUAAAAAUUGCUGUAUGGUUCCUGAGAAUCAAUAAUUAAACAUUAACAA